UCCUCCUCCUCUUUCUCCAAAUGGAGAGAGUUCUUUUUUUUCUCCUUCCAUCUCAUCUAUUGAAUCAAGGAGCUGCUGCGGCCGCUGCCCGCCGCACACACGCAGAGCGCAGUCCCCAGGUCCCGGGAGCCAGGGAGGCGCGCGGCGCGGGGGCAGAAUGGUCCAGCGGGUCGGCGAGGGGCCCGAGAACGCCGCGUCCGGGACCAAGCAGCAGCCCCAGGCGCCGCCUCCGCCCGCGGGAGCCGCGGGAGCCUCGGGAGCCGCGCCGGCCCGGUGUCGCUGAGCCCCGCUGGGGGUCUCAGCCGUGAGGGUCGGGGGCGCGCGAGGCCAGGCUCGUCCCGCGCGCAUAGGACUGGAGACCGCGGGACCCCCGCGCGAUGUGGCAAUGGAAGGCGCGGGCUCUGAAGGCGCGGGGGCCGCCGCGUGAGCAGGUUUGUCGCCUGGAGCCCGAGCCCCAGAGGCCGGCGGCCAGCAGCGUCCUCGCGAACCGGGCGCCCGGGGGUGCGCAGCGGCGGCCCGGGGAGCCUCGGUCCCCGCGGAGGAGGCGGCGGCGACGGCAACAUGGCCUCGGCGGGUGACGCCGCGGAGCCCGAAGACCGCGGCGGCGGCGGGCGGCGUAGACGAACCGGGGGGCUGCGUCGAUCCGCCGCGCCGGACCCGGACUAUCUGCACCGGCCCAGCUACUGCGACGCCGCCUUCGCUCUGGAGCAGAUUUCCAAGGGGAAGGCGACCGGCCGAAAAGCGCCGCUGUGGCUGAGAGCGAAGUUUCAGAGACUCUUAUUUAAACUGGGUUGUUACAUUCAAAAAAACUGCGGCAAGUUUUUGGUUGUAGGCCUGCUCAUAUUUGGGGCCUUCGCGGUGGGAUUAAAGGCAGCUAACCUGGAGACCAACGUGGAGGAGCUGUGGGUGGAAGUUGGUGGCCGAGUAAGUCGUGAAUUAAAUUAUACUCGACAGAAGAUUGGAGAAGAGGCUAUGUUUAAUCCUCAACUCAUGAUACAGACCCCGAAAGAAGAAGGUGCUAAUGUACUAACCACAGAAGCACUCCUACAACACCUGGACUCAGCACUCCAGGCCAGCAGAGUCCACGUAUACAUGUACAACAGGCAAUGGAAAUUGGAACAUUUGUGCUAUAAAUCAGGAGAACUUAUCACAGAAACAGGUUACAUGGAUCAGAUAAUAGAAUAUCUUUACCCUUGUUUAAUUAUUACCCCGCUGGACUGCUUCUGGGAAGGAGCAAAAUUACAGUCUGGGACAGCAUACCUCCUAGGUAAACCUCCUUUGCGGUGGACAAACUUUGACCCUCUGGAAUUCCUAGAAGAGUUGAAGAAAAUAAACUAUCAAGUUGACAGCUGGGAGGAAAUGCUGAAUAAGGCAGAAGUUGGUCAUGGGUACAUGGACCGUCCCUGCCUCAAUCCAGCCGAUCCAGACUGCCCUGCAACUGCCCCCAACAAAAAUUCAACCAAACCUCUUGAUAUGGCCCUUGUUUUGAAUGGUGGAUGUCAUGGUUUGUCCAGAAAGUAUAUGCACUGGCAGGAAGAAUUGAUUGUGGGUGGCACAGUCAAGAACAGCACUGGGAAACUUGUCAGCGCCCAUGCCCUGCAGACCAUGUUUCAGUUAAUGACGCCCAAGCAGAUGUAUGAGCACUUCAAAGGGUACGAAUAUGUCUCGCACAUGAACUGGAACGAGGACAAGGCAGCGGCCAUCCUAGAGGCGUGGCAGAGAACAUACGUAGAGGUGGUUCAUCAGAGCGUGGCCCAGAACUCCACUCAAAAGGUGCUUUCCUUCACUACCACAACUCUGGAUGACAUCCUAAGGUCCUUCUCUGAUGUCAGCGUCAUCCGAGUAGCCAGUGGCUACUUACUGAUGCUUGCCUAUGCCUGUUUAACCAUGCUGCGCUGGGAUUGCUCCAAGUCCCAGGGUGCCGUGGGGCUGGCUGGUGUCCUGUUGGUUGCACUGUCGGUAGCUGCAGGACUGGGCUUAUGCUCAUUGAUUGGGAUUUCCUUUAAUGCUGCGACAACUCAGGUUUUGCCAUUUCUUGCUCUUGGUGUCGGCGUGGAUGAUGUUUUUCUUCUGGCACAUGCAUUUAGUGAAACAGGACAGAAUAAAAGGAUCCCUUUUGAGGACAGGACCGGGGAGUGCCUCAAGCGCACAGGAGCAAGUGUGGCGCUUACCUCCAUCAGCAACGUCACCGCCUUCUUCAUGGCUGCGCUGAUCCCCAUUCCCGCACUGCGGGCCUUCUCCCUGCAGGCUGCAGUUGUGGUGGUCUUCAAUUUUGCCAUGGUGCUGCUCAUUUUUCCUGCAAUUCUCAGCAUGGAUUUAUAUCGACGUGAAGACAGGAGAUUGGACAUUUUCUGCUGUUUCACAAGCCCCUGCGUCAGCAGAGUGAUCCAGGUUGAACCUCAGGCCUACACAGAGGCACACAGUGCCACGCGCUACAGUCCCCCACCCCCAUACAGCAGCCACAGCUUCGCCCAUGAAACACACAUCACCAUGCAGUCCACGGUCCAGCUUCGCACUGAGUACGACCCCCACACGCACGUGUACUACACCACUGCCGAGCCACGCUCCGAGAUCUCCGUGCAGCCUGUUACUGUCACCCAGGACACCCUCAGCUGCCAGAGCCCCGAGAGCACCAGCUCCACCAGGGACCUGCUCUCCCAGUUCUCCGACUCCAGCCUCCACUGUCUUGAGCCUCCCUGCACCAAGUGGACACUCUCAUCCUUUGCUGAGAAGCACUAUGCCCCCUUCCUCCUCAAACCCAAAGCCAAGGUUGUGGUGAUCUUCCUUUUCCUGAGCUUGCUGGGGGUCAGCCUUUAUGGGACCACCCGAGUGAGAGACGGGCUGGACCUCACAGACAUCGUCCCACGGGAAACAAGAGAAUAUGACUUUAUUGCUGCACAAUUCAAGUACUUUUCUUUCUACAACAUGUACAUAGUCACCCAGAAAGCAGACUACCCGAAUAUCCAGCACUUACUUUAUGACCUUCACAAGAGUUUCAGUAAUGUGAAAUAUGUCAUGUUGGAAGAAAACAAGCAGCUUCCCAAAAUGUGGCUACACUACUUUCGAGACUGGCUGCAAGGACUUCAGGAUGCGUUUGACAGCGACUGGGAAACCGGAAAAAUCAUGCCAAACAAUUACAAAAAUGGAUCAGACGAUGGGGUCCUCGCCUACAAACUCCUGGUGCAAACCGGCAGCCGGGAUAAGCCCAUUGACAUCAGCCAGUUGACUAAACAGCGUCUGGUGGAUGCAGAUGGCAUCAUUAAUCCCAGCGCUUUCUACAUCUACCUGACGGCCUGGGUCAGCAACGACCCUGUUGCUUAUGCUGCCUCCCAGGCCAACAUCCGACCCCACCGGCCAGAGUGGGUUCAUGACAAAGCGGACUACAUGCCAGAAACCAGGCUGAGAAUCCCAGCUGCAGAACCCAUCGAGUAUGCCCAGUUCCAUUUCUACCUCAAUGGCUUGCGAGACACCUCAGACUUUGUGGAAGCCAUCGAAAAAGUGCGAACCAUCUGCAACAACUACACAGGCCUUGGGCUUUCAAGCUACCCCAAUGGCUACCCGUUCCUGUUCUGGGAACAGUACAUCAGCCUGCGUCACUGGCUGCUGCUGGCCAUCAGCGUGGUACUUGCCUGCACGUUCCUGGUGUGCGCCCUCUUCCUGCUGAACCCCUGGACAGCCGGGAUCAUUGUGAUGGUCCUGGCUUUGAUGACAGUCGAGCUCUUUGGCAUGAUGGGCCUCAUUGGGAUCAAGCUGAGCGCUGUGCCUGUGGUCAUCUUGAUCGCGUCUGUGGGCAUUGGAGUGGAAUUCACCGUUCAUGUGGCUUUGGCCUUCCUAACUGCCAUCGGUGACAAGAACCGCAGGGCGGUGCUUGCCCUGGAACACAUGUUUGCACCUGUCCUGGACGGCGCUGUGUCUACUCUGCUUGGGGUACUGAUGCUUGCAGGAUCUGAGUUUGAUUUCAUUGUCAGGUAUUUCUUUGCUGUCCUGGCGAUACUCACCAUCCUGGGUGUUCUCAAUGGACUGGUUUUGCUGCCCGUCCUUUUGUCUUUCUUUGGACCAUAUCCUGAGGUGUCUCCAGCAAAUGGCCUGAACCGGCUGCCCACCCCUUCCCCUGAGCCGCCCCCAAGCGUGGUCCGGUUUGCAGUACCUCCCAGUCAGAUGAACAAUGGAUCUGAUUCCUCUGACUCGGAGUACAGUUCUCAGACGACCGUGUCAGGCAUCAGCGAGGAACUAAGGCACUACGAGGCUCAGCAGGGCACAGGGGCCCCUACCCACCAUGUGAUCGUGGAAGCCACAGAAAACCCUGUCUUCGCCCGCUCCACUGUGGUCCACCCUGAAUCAAGGCGCCCCCCACCCACAAACCCUCGAAUGCAUGCCCGCCUGGACUCUGGAUCCCUGCCACCUGGAAGGCAAAGCCAACAGCCCCACAGGGACCCUUCCAGAGAAGGUUUGCGGCCACCUCCCUACAGACCGCGCAGAGACGCUUUUGAAAUUUCUACUGAAGGGCAUUCUGGCCCCAGCAACAGGGACCGCACUGGCCCCCGGGGGACCCGACCUCGGAACCCAGCACCCACAGCUGCAGGCAGCAACAUGCCUAGCUACUGCCAGCCCAUCACCACGGUGACGGCUUCUGCUUCUGUGACUGUGGCCGUACAUCCUCCACCUGGGCCUGGGCGGAACCCUCGAGUAGGGCCCUGCCCAGGCUAUGAGGGCUACCCUGAGACUGACCAUGGGCUGUUUGAGGACCCCCACGUGCCUUUUCAUGUCCGGUGUGAGAGGAGGGACUCGAAGGUAGAAGUCAUAGAGCUGCAGGACGUGGACUGUGAGGAAAGACCCUGGGGAGGCAGCUCUGGCUGAGGUGCGUGGGCACAGGGGCCAAAGGGUGAUUAAAAUCUGAAGCAAAGAGGCCAAAGAUUGGAACCCCUACCCCACCCCACCCCCACCUCUUUCCAGACUGCUUGAAGAGAACUGCUUGGAGUUACGGAGGAGAUGUGCUGCCCAGAAGAGCAGUUCAUUGUUACUGUAACCGACUGUAUUAUUUUGUUAAAUAUUUUAUAAAUAUUUAAGACCUGUACACAUAUGUAAUAUAGGAGGGAAGGAUGUAAAGUAAAGUAGCAAGGUCUGGAGCACCCCUGCUCCAGCCCCAGAGUGGGGAACUGGAAGGGGGCCUCUCCCUAUCUGUAUGUACAUUGAUUGGGCUCCGUGCCACAACCAAGCUUAACUUAGUCUGAAAUUUCCAGCAUAAGUUGCUGCUGCUUAAAUAUUGUAUAAUUUACCUGUAUAAUUCUAUGCAAAUAUUGCUUAUGUUAUAGGAUUAUUUUGUAAAGUUCCUGUUAAAAUAUUUUAAAUUUGCAUAUCACAACCCUGUGGUAGUAUGAAAUGUUACUGUUAACUUUCAAACACGCUAUGCGUGAUAAUUUUGUUGUUUAAUGAGCAGAGAUGAAGCAAGCAGGUUAAACCCAGUGGCUUCUCUAGGGGUAGUGCAUGUGAUCCUCCGGUUUGGCUGUGUGUGAACUCCUGUAUGAUUUCCCAAUGUACUGUACUGUGACUUAUUUUUUGUCUUGUUUGGUUUUCUUGAUGUUUUUCACCUUGUUAGGCUCUGGCCCAAUUGGGCUGGGAGAAUCAGGAUGUCUUUAUUGCUUUGUACUGGGAGAGGGCUAGCCCUAACCAGACAGCCUGACCCUUUCUUUGGCAAUGGUUCAAUAGCAAGUAGACUGGCUUUCCUCUCUGUGGUGUCCCUGAAGGUCAUUGGUUGCCUUCUGGACACCCCACCUCGUGCUUGAGAAAACAAGUUCCUUCCCUUGCAUGACUGCGAUGGUGUUGGACUCCUUAGUGUACAGAGCUGACAGCUCUCAUUGGUGAAUCAGGUAACAUGCUGAGCUGCAAGUCCUUGAAGGCCCAUGAGAUAUACUCUAGAACAGUGUAAAAUGUAUAGUUUUGUGCCCUUUUUUGACCAGUGUUCACACACGCGCGCACACACACACACACACAAACACACACGGUUCCCCAUGACUCUCCUAUAGGUAGAAAAACUCAUUGGGUUUAUUCUUGGCCCUCAGUAAGCCCAGACGUGCUGUUCUAAGUCCCUCCAAUAUAAAUUCCCUUUCUUCCUAAAUGGAACAGCUGGUUGGAGCUGCCUGGAUCUGUUCACAUCUUCUUAAAAACAUGAAUAGUGAGUUUCCGACAGUGUUACACAGUCAGAAGUUCUGUGGAUUGUGAGCUGCUGGGGAUUCUUCUUGAACAAAUCAAAUUUGGUCUCUCUCCCCCUCCAUGGUUCUUUUACCGUGAUGUUUUAUUGAAGAGCUGGAAGCUGCUCACUGUGUACACCUCAUGGAAGAAUGUAGACAGAGGCAGAUUUCUCUACCAGGCAUUGUUUUGAAAAGUUUUCUUCUGUGUGGAUUCUGUUCUCUUGCUCUGUGGUCUGGGGCCCCCGACCUCUAGGCAGAUAUCAGCGCAUGCAUUGCCGCCGACUUAUCUCAGAGGAAAGGACCCGAUACUGGCCGGAGCCUCGGUCACUGUGAGGAGCUCUCCAUGGCAGCUACAAAGGAAAUCUUUAGAGAAAGGCAACUGGCCUCUAGCGGUUCCAGCAGUUUAGUGACCUCAGACCCUAAAACUCAGCCCAUCACUGUAAAGUACUAGUUGGAAGCUACCUGUGGCUGCCAGGUGUAUGUAUGUGUUAAUAUGCUGGGACUCUGGCCACCCAGCUGCUACUGUCUUGGUGCCUUCUGUCAGCCACACUGUCCACCAGCAUAAUACAGGCACUGCUCAGAAAAUGCAUCCUGAGUUGAAGGGAGAGAUGGCAGAGUUCUGAAGCCGGCUUGGCCUGCAGCUCCCAAUGUGCCCCUCCUGUCCCACGCUGAGCCUGUGAGUCCCCCUGGUUUCUGCGCAGCAUACAACUUUCCAUGAGUCACAGUGGCCAACAGAUGGCCCAGGCUGGUAGAAAACUAUAAACACCUCGCCCUCUCUCUAUCUCAUUCUCCUUUGUAGAUUUAUUUUGUCUGUCUUGUUUGUUCAUUUGGAUGUUUUAAUUUUU